GGACAGGGUGAUUUUCCAGACCAGAGCUGUGAACAAUAACUAGAUUAUCUCUGGGGAUUAGCCUCGUGAUUCUGAUUCACAUGAUCUUUGUCGUCGCUCACUGGGGCCCGGGCGGGAACCAGGAGGUCAUUGUACUCACAAGGCUGGAGACUGGUUGGGCGAGAUGCCGGUGGACAUUCAGGGGAUGAUGCACUUGGUGCAGCACAUCUCUGAGGUGGAGAAGAUGCACGUAGCCAUUAAGAACUCUGCCAGAGGAGCGCUGUUAGCCGGAGCCAUCGCCUUUGCCGGUGGCCUGGUGGGAGGCCCGCCCGGGAUCGCAGUCGGGGGUGCGUUCGGUGGUCUGUUGGGGGCGUGGAUGACCAGCGGACAAUUUAAACCAGUGCCGCAGAUCCUGAUGGAGCUGCCACCAAACCAACAGCUGAUGCUUUCUAAUGACGUGAACAACAUUAUCCAGCACCUGGACUGGACCGAUGUUGUCCAGCUGACAUCGUUAGUGAUGGGAAACGCUGUCCUGAAGCAGCAGGUCCUGGCAGCAAUCUGUAGUUUCUUCAUGAAUCAACUCAAUGCAGAGGUACAAUAUCAGGACUGAGACCAACUUGUACUUCAAAUAUGGAUUGCAUUGCGUGGAUAGGUACAUAGUGUGUUGCCGACUGAAUCAAGGAUCCGUAGAGAAUGCUAGCUCGAUUAUUCUGCUGCAAUUUUGGGUACUUCUGCUGUUUUCAAUAUUGGGGUCAUUUGGUGGCGUGUGUGGCUCCAAGUCCAAUAUUCAGCACCGUUGAUUUAAAUGGAACUGAACAAUAAGUUAAGUAUUGAACUGGUGGCCAAUGCAAUAUUGUCGAUCAUAGCCCCAUCAUCCAGGAUCAAUAACCACCCCAAUAUAUCAGCUUCUGGAUUAAUUGUAUUUAUUUUAAUUGGUCAGUUGCCUUCUCUUGCCUUUAUAUUUGUUGAUCGUUAAUGAAUUGGAAAUGGACUGGGUUCACAAGAAGGGAAAGAUCUGCUGAAGCGUUCAGGAAACUCUAGGAGAACUGGUUCUAUUUUUAAAAGGCUUGUUAAUAAUCUUUUAAUUAAUGUGGCGAAACUUGAUAAAGAUGGUACUUGGAGUGAUAAUUUAAAACUAUGCUUUGUAGUUACUGGGAAUGUAAUACCUCACCAACCAGACAUCUCACUGAAGCUGGUGGAAGGAGACGGUACACUAGAUUCUGAAGAUAGAUCAAAAUGCUGGAGUAACUCAGGAGGACAGGCAGCAUCUCUGGAGAUAUAGAUCUUCUUCUUGUGUAUGGCAUGCAUAGCCUAAAGUUGUACGCCAACUUGUUCUAUUUGAUCUUGUUUGUGCACAUUGGGAUAUAUAUAUAUAGUACUCUGGAUAACCUAACAUAAAUUACAUAAACAUAGACAAUAACAUUGCAAAGUCAAAAGUAAUGCCAUGCCCACAAGUGAAUAUAGUUUGGAGCCUAUUUGGAGGUGAUGUUGUAUUGGGAUGAACAUUGCAAGUGGUAGAUGAUGAGCUGCUGAUAUAACGAGUGUUUUUUUAGAGUUGCGAUCAACUGUUGAAGAUUUCAUCACCGCCUCAACUUCUGCUUUAUCGAUGGUGGGAAGGAGGUGAGGAGUCAGGAGAUGACCAGUUUCAAGAAUACUUGACUCGGCUCUUGUGACCACAGUUUCUUUGUGACUGAUCCAGUUAGAUAGCCACUGAGUGUUCUGUUCCGAUGUAGGAAGUGUUGGCAGUGAUGAUGCCACUAAUGUUUAGACAAGGUGGUCAUCUCGGACACACUGGGACAUGGGCAUUGCCUGGAAUAUUUGAUUGUGUGAAAGGUAGUAAUUGUAACCAUAUAACCAUAUAACAAUUACAGCACGGAACCAGGCCAUCUCGACCCUUCUAGUCCGUGCCGAACAAUAUUCUCCCCUAGUCCCAUAUACCUGCGCUCAGAGCAUAACCUUCCAUUCCCAUCCCGUCCAUAUAACUAUCCAAUUUAUUUUUAAAUGAUAAAAACGAACCUGCCCCCACCACCUUCACUGGAAGCUCAUUCCACACAGCCACCACUCUUUGAGUAAAGAAGUUCCCCCUCAUGUUACCCCUAAACUUCUGUCCCUCAAUUCUCAAGUCAUGUCCCCUUGUUUGAAUCUUCCCUACUCUCAGUGGGAAAAGCUUUUCCACGUCAACUCUGUCUAUCCCUCUCAUCAUUUAAAAAACCUAUAUCAAGUCCCCCCUUAACCUUCUGCGCUCCAAAGAAUAAAGCCCUAACUUGUUCAACCUUUCUCUGUAAUUGUAGUAGUAGUAGUAGUAAUAAUAGCAGUAGUAGUAGUAGUGGUAGUAGUAGUACUAGUAAUAGUAAUAGUAGUAGUAAUAGUAGUAGCAGUAGUAGUAGUAGUAGUAGUAUAUAUUUUAUUUUGCACAUGUAAAACACAAAGUUAAAAACAAGGCAAAAAAUCAAUGAAAUGAACAAUAAAUCUAGACACAACUCAUUACAUUCUCAUAAACAUCACAAAUUAAUUCUUAUGUUUGAAAAGGAGUAGGAGGAAGUAUACUUAUUUAUUCCAACCGCUUCUCCGCUACUCCUCAAUUAAUUCACAAACUUUAGCUCAUCUACAUAUAUAUAUAUAAAUACACAAACAUAUACAUACAUGUAUCCAUACAUAAGCCACAUACAUACACAUAUACACGCACCCAUACAUACACGCGUACAGUUAAUAAACAAUUAUCUAAAUUCUAUGUACAAGGCGAAUAUCCCACUGUGUUGAGAAACUAAACUUAUCUGUCAUCACGGCCCUUCCUCAUUCUUAAAUCUCUGGAAAAUAUUUUUUUUGCACUUCUUCUUAAACUGAGUAAUGUCUGUGCUUUGCUUGAGUUCCACAUCCAAAUCAUUCCACAACUCUACCCCACAGCUUGAAAUACACAAACAUUUCAUAGUUGUGCAAACACAAAGUUUCUUUAAAUUAAACUUUCUUCUCAAAUUAUAACCACCCUCCCUGGUAAAGAACAUUGUAUGUAUAUUACCUGGUCGUAAACUAUUUCUUGCUUUAUACAUUAUUUGUGCUAUACAUUAAAUUCUACUAGAUCCAUAAACUUAAAGGCAUUUGACUUUAAAAUCGGAGAGUUGGUGAGUUCAUGAAUGCUGGAGAAACUCAGCAGGUGAGGCAGCAUCUAUGGAGCAAAGGAAUAGGUGAUGUUUCGGAUCUCGACCCGAAACGUCACCUAUUCCUUCAUCAGUCUGAAGAAGGGUUUCCACCCGAAACAUCACCUAUUCCUGUGUUCCAUAGAUGCUGCCUCGCCCGCUGAGUUUCUCCAGCAUUAUUGUCUACCUUCGAUUUUUCCAGCAUCUGCAGUUCCUUCUUAAACAUUAUUAACUAUCCUUAUGGCCCAUUGUGGCAGUCUGCACAAUAGGGCGCUUGUGUAAGUGUUACCCCGAUACUCCACACAGCAAUUUGGAAAUGGCAGUACAAGCGAACAUUGCUUUGUGAUUCAGAAUGUUCCUUGUUCUUCCCAAGACUGCAAUGCUCCUUGACAGCUUUGCUCGCAUGUUUUAUAUGAGAUUUCCAGCAGAUUUUGUGGUUUAAUAUCACACCUAGAAAUAUAUUUUCAUAUAUAGUCUUUCUAUAUCAACACCAUCUGCCCUCGCUUGGACCUGUGUGUUUAUUUUAAAAUAUCCAAACAACACAAUCUUUGUUUAGUUCAAAUUUAAUGAUAAUUUGCUUAUGUCAAACCACCUUUUUAAUUUUCUAAUUUCUGAUGUGAUCUCCUCCAAAACCUGCUGUAAAUUCUCCCCAGCUCAAAAGAUAUUAAUAUUGUUCGCAAAUGAAACAAAUUUAAAUAUUUUUGAUACUCUACAUAUAUAAUUUAUAUACAGAAUGAACAAUUUUGGUCGUAAUACUGACCACUGAGGUUCUCCGCAAGGAAUAUCCAAGCAUGUUGAUUUAUGCUCGCCUAUCUUCACAAACUGUUGCCUGAUACUUAAAUAGUUUCUCAACCAAUUCAACUGAUAGAUACUGUACCUUUCCAAUUUAUCAUGUAAUGUAUUGUGAUCAAUGGUAACAAAAGCUUUUUUAGAUCUAUAAAUACUCCCACUGCAGACUUUUUUUGUCUAUACGAUUAGUAAUUUCUUCUUUUAACCCGAUUAUCGCCAUACAUAUUGAUAUGUUUCAAGUCAAGAAAGUUUAUUGUCACGUGUCCCAGAUAGUAGGAAUGUUACAAAAUUUGGAGAUUUUUAAAAUCAAGCCUGUAAUUUAUCCCAUCAGAUAAAAGCAUAAAAAUAACUUUAAUUUGAUACCUAAUUAGUCUCCUUUUAUUGAAUUUCUUCAACAACACAAUGGUUGAACACAAACUCAAAACCGACGCUUGGGUUGGGUGAGCGAGCGUAUGGAAGGGCAGUGGGAUAUAUCUCCGCUUCUUUCACUUCUUCGUUAGUUCUGGGGUUUUCCUUUUUUCUUUUUCGUGUUUUUCUUGAAAUUCUUUCUUUUCUUUCUCUUUUCUUCUUUCGUUCCCUUUUUUCCCGAUCUAGUUAUUAGUUCAUAAAACGUUAAAGCUGAAGCAGUACGAAAAUAGUAUAACUGUUAUGGCGAUCAUUCUCUUUCUGUACAAUUGCUCCUAAUAAAAAUAAAUUUAAAAAAAAUUAAAAAUUGAUACCUAAUUCACUUUCAUAUCUUCAGUAUUAAAAAAGUUAUGGCCAUUUUCAUACUCGGAAAUUAGCAUCUUGUUCCCUAUUGAUUUUCCAUUGACUUAACACAAAAGCUAUGAUCGAGGACAGUCAAAAGCCCAUAACUUUCUUAAAAAUUAGGAGAACUGAAUGAAAUAUUCAGUUAUUAUAGAUUGAAGCAUUCUGAAACAAAUAUGAAACAUCUUACUUGGAUGACCUGAAAUUAAAGCAUAUUAUUAGUUAGUUACCUAAUUGUAGCUAAUUACAAAAUUAACCGUUGUGACGGAAAUAGUAAUAAAUUCCCAGACUGCCUUGAAAAUUCAAAAAUGUGAUAUUCUCAAGAUCAGAACUUUAAUAUUAUUGUAUUAUAUGCUGUAAGUCUGUAACAGACAGGUAAAGAAAUUACAUUUUCUAGCAAAAGACCAAGUCUUUAUGGAGAAGAUCAGUUGCUAGCUGGUACAUUGGAAUAUCAUAAUCAGUGGCAUCAUCAUACUCCUCAGAUUGUAACCAAUAAGCAACUCUGUACACCUAUUUUUUCCUCAACUUUUCAAUUUUCGCAUUGGAAACUACAAGAUUUUGCUCUUCCAACCACGCAUGACAUGCCUUUCUGCCCACUACUUUCCCAUUAAGAAUGUCCUGUAGAUCAUCACAUUUGGAGUAGUCCAAAUCCGGAUAAUCUCUGCGAAUGCUGUCUAAAUCAGUCUCUUUUGCUGGGCGUUUGGAUUGACAAUUUUGCAUUUCUUCUUCGGAGACAUCUGUUUAAAAUGUAAAGGAAAAAACCCACUGAACAGCAUUUACAGAAACAAGUUAUAAUUUGCAGUUUUAGAAAAAAAGGUAGAAAUGAUAAAGUUAAACGCUAUAACAAAUAGUAAAUACCCAACAAAAAAAUCAUAUUCAUCAGUUUCAUCUAAAUUAAAUUACUAGAUCUAAACAUCUAUCAAUUAUUGUUCUUAAGAAAAGGCUAACAUUUUUAAAUAGCCUAAGUAUCCAAAUAACAAAUAACAAACUGAUCCCAUUCACACAAGAAUUCACAAUAUAACAUGAUUUUAAAAUCUCACUUUGUCAUGAAUUUAUAUGCCAAAUGGAAGGAAUUUAAUGUUUAAUUCCCAUGAAUUAAUCCAGAAACAUCCACUCUCAAGAUAAUCAAAAUGAUUAUUUUUUGCACAAUACAUCUGACUAAAAAAUAAUGAAUUUGAUUAUCUUGAGAGUGGAUGUUUCUGGAAUGUGAUCGAUUGGAAUGUUGCUGUUGCCAUAUAUUUUAAGCCCAUAUCGGCAGGCAAGACACGAUUUGUAGGGGGGCCUAAAUAACAUUUUCGCAUCAUAAGAUUAAAAUGAAGCCACACCAAAAAGCAAGAUAAUAUGAUAAAUAAAUGACAUACCUUUUGUUUUGUCCUGAUAUUGUAAUCCGUGAUGUUGAAGACCUUUUUAAUCGCGUUUAAUCCAGCGAAUCGUCCAGCAAAUUGUUUUUUUUUAAAACGGGAACGGUAGAGUGAAUGAUUUUUAUUCACCAGCUCGCAGCCCAAGGACAUCCCUCUCCGACAACCAAUGCAAACCUGCAUUUUAACCCCGCCCCCUCCACAAAGCCUCCGGAAUCGUACGCGCAGGGAGUGGCAGAUUUGUAGCGCCGCUGAUAGUAGGUUUAGUAGCAACGCUACAGAUAGGACAAUUAAAUUCUUGCUUGCUGCAGCACAACAGAAUAUUGUAGGCAUAAAUACAGAUCAGUGUGUUCAUAUACCAUAUAUCUAUAUUACUAAAAGUCUGAUCUUUACCACUUCUUAUUGUUCUGUAUAUUGAUUUUAGAAAAAACGCUGCCACUUACGGCUGUGAUUUUUGGCCAUUUUACUCGGAGUCCCCCUCCGCUCAUCAGGUGUCGAGGAUUUUUCCCAUCGAUGAAAAAUAAAAGAGUUAUUAGUUUUUUAAAAAUGUUGAGAUUCUCUCUCUCCUGUCAAUCACGCCAUGAAGGCCAUGACCCUUCUGGUCAGAGGGGGGUGGGGGACUAUAAAACCCAGAAGUGUGGGCGUGGCUCAGUCUCUGCAAGAUGGAGGAGGGAGAGAUCACAACUCGCUGUCUUUAUUGGCCUUGCAUCCUGCUUGAAAUGGUAUGAAACUGCACUUGAAUUUGGUGGACUUGCACCCUGCUUGAAAUUUCAAGGAAUAGCCGUGAGUCAACUGCCAGUCCAUGAGCCGUGAGUGAGUGAGCUGCAAGCACAACAGGCUUGAGUGCUGCCAGCAAAAGAAUCCAUUCGGCCCACAAUGUCCAUACUGUCUUUACUUUGUGUACUAGUCAUGUCUACUAUUUAUUUCAUUCCCCUUACAUGUUUUUCCUCUACCUGCUAAAUUUUUGUACGGUGUCCUUGAGACUCUUGAAAGGUGCCCAUAAAUAAAAUGUAUUAUUACUAU